CCUCUUUCCACCCACAACCUUCCCCUCCCGUUAUCUUUCCCACUGCUGCUCUGCAUGAACAACUAAAACAAGUGUGGCAAUGGAGGAAACUGAGUCAACAACUCAAGACAGAACAACAGGACAGGAUGGAAGUCACGCGGCAGACCACACGCUACUGAUGUCCAGCAAACCUCUGCAUCGCUUCAUCCAAAAAGAGCCUAAAAGUCUCGGGAUCGUCAUUCUCAUCUUUGGCUGUGCAGAGAUACUGAUGGGGUUUGUGCUGUCCCGAGAAGGAGAUUACACUUCUUAUCAAAUCUACAUCCCCUUCUGGCAGGGAGCGCUGUUCCUUGCCUGUGGAAACCUGUCCAUCUACACUGAGAUGAACCCGUCCAAGAAGAUGGUGACUGUCUGUUUGGCUAUGUACGUGGUUUCAAUUUUGGGAGUUGUGGUCUCUGUUCCCUACCGGUUACGCUGCAUCCUCCAUAUUAGAUACGUGAGGUACGGAUACCAUUCGGAGAACUGGGAAAAUAACAAUUGGAAUCAGCUUAUUGGUGUUGAAGGCCUACUGUUCACUUCCUCACUGUGUGUGUCCGUGCUUCUCAUCUUCUUGUGUGCUGUUGCGCGGUUAGCUCUGAAAUCCACAUCCACCCAGAUCAUUGUCCAGCACAUACCGCUUCCACCGAGCAACACUACAUCAAACUAAUCGCAACCUUUUUAAGGUAUUCUUCUGUAGUGACUGACACUGGUUGUCCUGCAGCACAGCUACCCUGUGAACAUGUCAUCAUUCUGUACAGAAUAUCACACGUACACCACCUAGUGGCCUAUAAUGUUUAGCCACAACCUUUUUUAGUUGCCUACAUCUACACCAAGCUUCACUCUACAGAAUGUGUAGCUGCAGUAAAGAAUGCAUUACUUAACCACUUUAUUUUGCUUUUGGUAAAGCUUGUCUCAGAUUCAAAUUGAUUCUUGUUGUCGUACAGGAGAAGAAAUAUUUGACAUGCACUUAACAUAUAACACAUGUACUUACUGUGUGGGUCCUAUAGUAGUGAACACGAACAGGUCUUUUAUACUGUUACUGAUAUCUAUCAAUUAGGUCAACUGCUUUCUCUCUGUGAUAAUAUGAUGUCACCUAACAACACUGGUCAGGGUUUAACAUUAAAGGUUUUUUUUCACUUGCCCGAUCAGAAAUCCACUUGCCCAUAGUCCAUUUUUUACUUUUCCCUUUACACACUAUUUUAAUUAUUAUUGGUUAAUUAAAUUAAUAUUGAGUUUCUCCCACAUCUUCUAACGCCACCCUACUAAACUCCUGUUUCAAGGAUAAUUGACAUGUUCUUUUGCACUUCAGCAUUCCAAUACACAUACUACCAUUUCAUUUAGUAUGUCAGUCAAAUAUUUAGUAUGUCUCAAUAUAAAGUGUGUCAAAUGCAAUAUGCCAGAAAUAUCUGGUCAUUCUACUGCAUCCAGUGGCAUUUUGCAGUAUGCAAGCCACACAAUCCUCUGCACACUGGAUAUAUGAGCAAGAGGAUCAAAGUUCAAGGUGCCAUGUUAUGAAAAAGUAGUAUGUCCCAAUUAAAUGCAUACUGAAUGCAGCAGUAUAUACUUUGUAAGGGCAGCUGCAGUAUGUACUAAAAGUCAAACGAAAAAAGAAGUUUUUGUCUUUAGCCACAAUUACUCACGAAUGCCCGAUCGGUACUGCGAAUGUGCAACUCUCAACAAAGAGGACAAAGAGGCGAGAAAGCUCGCUCCAUCACUACUUCCAUCCUCUGCUCCGGACAAAGCAAUGCCUUUAAUUUUCUUUUUACCGCUUGUCUGAUCGCACAAUUGAGUUGCUAAAUGUACGACAUUUUACUUGCCCUGCUGGUAAAGUCAUAAGUCAUAUUUACAUUAAUAAUAAAUCCAAAAUCCAAAUCUAAUUUAACAUAUAUAUAUAUAUGUGUGUGUGUGUGUGUGUGUGUGUCAAUUUAAUUUGUUAGCCUUUAAUUCUUAUGUCAUCAAUAUGUGUGAUCAUUGUCUACAUUAGCUGCAUUAUUAUUACAGUUUGUGCAUUAUAUGGUCAUUGAAGCUUUUGAUAAUCAAUGUGAAUUUCUAUAUGCACUUAGCCGCAGAUAUUUUGCAGAUGAGUGGGCAGAUGUGGGCUCUGUGUUUUGGUUACAGGACAACGUAUAUGUGAUUGCAACUUAAGAUUUACAGUAUAUUUGAUUACAUUUGGCUUGUAAUAUCCUUAGAUAUCCAUCCAGCAUAUGACUUCAUGUGUAAGCUGAUAUGUUUAUCUACAUGGCUGAUAUAAAGAGCCUGCAGCAAAACCUGUUGCCUGUGAAUGUGUGCAAAACACAGAUUUAGCUUGUUUAUCAGGUGCAAAUCAUGUAAUGUAUAUCGUCUUUGUUAAAUAAACAAUAAAAUCAAAUAAAACUG